AUGGCUACUGUUGAAGAUCGUAACGGUGGGAUAUAUACAUCAGAUUACACUACACUUUCGGGCACCAUAUCUGGUGCUACAAAUGUAAUUAUUAAUAGUCAAGCAAAAUAUAUUGGUGUAAGUGCGUUCAAUAAUUGUACAAAUACUCUUGUUUCCUUUUCAUUCCAGGAAAAUCCCAAUCUUAUUGAAAUCAGAAAUAAUGCUUUUUCCGGGUGCAUUAAAUUACAAACUAUUGAUCACCGAGUAUGCCAAAAAUUAACAACAAUUGGUGCUUCUUCAUUUUCAGGUUGCAAAUCAUGCACCAAUCUUUAUUUACCAUCAAGUUUGACAACUCUUGGCGAUUCUGUGUUCAAAAAUCUUAAUAUUGCUUCCAUUGAUCUACCAGAAAACCUCCAAAGCAUCCCAAGCAACUGCUUUUACGGUGCCACUAGUCUCACAACAAUUAAUAUUCCAAUUGAAAGUCGAAUUUCAUCAAUUGGCAAAUGGUUUGGGAUCUAUGUUCCUCUCACCAUUUUCACCAUCACCAAAAAUGUAAUCUCAAUCUCAGAUGCCGCUUUUGAGCUCUGCAAAGUCUCAACUAUUUCCGUAAGUUCCCAGAACAAUGUUUUCUACUCUCAAAACGGCAUUGUUGUGGAAAGGAGCACAUUAACAGCAAUGGCCUACCCAUGGGGAAAAACAGACCCUUUGAUCAUACCUGAUAAUAUAAAUGCAAUUAAAGAUAGCGCUUUCUCAAAUUGUCAAUUUACUUCUGUCACUUUUCCUCAACAAUCUCUGACAAAAAUUGGCUCUUACGCGUUUCGUGGGACACCAAUAAUCACCAUUGAAAUACCAGAUACCGUCUCCGUUCUUGGUGUUUAUGCGUUUUCCUCUUGUUCAAAAUUGACAAAAGUAAAAUUGCCAAAUUCAAUAAAAUCUUUACCAGAUUAUUGUUUUUAUAGCACCAACAUAUCAAACAUUGUACUUCCUAAUACUAUUACUACACUUUACAGCUUUUGUUUUGUAAAUUGUCCAAAUCUUAAAGAAAUUACUUUGCCAGAUAGCCUCAAAUCUUUGAACGGCAAAGUAUUUGAUGAUACAAUUGAAAUAAAUUUCGGAGAUAACUCAAAUCUUUACAUCGACAGCCAAUUUUUAAUUAUUGACAAACAAAACACGACAAUCAGCCAAUAUCUUGGCGAAAAUAGUAAAAAUAUAAAUAUAAAUAUCCCGUAUACAGUCACAACAAUCAAAAAAGGUGCAUUUAAAGAUAAAAAUCUCAUUUCAAAAAUUAUAUUUCCAGUAAAUUCAAUGUUGGAGACGAUAGAAACAGAGGUAUUCUCCAAUUGUAACAAUUUACAGUUUAUUUCAUUACCUACAACAACAAUAAAGUCUCUUGGAGCAAGUUCAUUUUAUUGUUGCUAUAAAUUAACAGAAUUUGUCAGUGGAAUUCUCACAUCAAUUGGUAAAUCAUGCUUUUAUAGCUGUAUCAAUCUCAAUAGAGUUCAAAUUCAUGAGUCUUUGUCUUUAUCUGUUUUACCAAACUCAUGUUUUAGUCAGUGUUCAUCAAUUAGUACAAUAACAUUGCCAAUCAACUUAAACUCGAUAGAAGAAAGUUGUUUCAUGGAUUGCAUUUCAUUAUCUGAAGUAGUUUUCCCUGCAAAAUUAAAUUCUUUAGCAGAUUCUUGUUUUUCGAACUGUUCAUUAACGAAAGUUGAUUUAUUUAAAUGCACUUCACUAACUGUUAUUAGUAAUAACGCAUUUAAUUCUAACUUUAACUUAGAAUUAGUAAUAUUACCACCAAAUUUAGAUAAAAUCGGUAGAUAUGCAUUUUCUGGCUCCGCUAUCACUAAUUUGUCGCUGCCUAAUAGUGUUUCCAUACUUGAUCAGUUCUCUUUCAUGAAUUGCAAACAGUUGUCACUUUUUCAAUUCCACAAAACUCGCAAUUAA